GACUGGCAGACAAUGACAAAGACAGUUGGAUAACCAAUAGCAACGACAGACAAUUAUAAAGAUCAACGGCACACAUACAAGCAUUGAAAAACUGCUAGGUAACAACAAAGGACAACGAACAAUAAAAAAAUAAACAUGUAAGUGUAGAAAUCAGUGAUAAAGUGUGAUGUUACGAAAAUGAAAUAACCAAUGACAGUAAUGCAACAGGAAACCACAAAGGAAGAGAAGCCUGCUUACAGACAACAUUGCUUGCCUUAUACUGCAACAUUGCUAGGUUUGGAUUUGUUGGACCAGUGGUCCACACACAACGUACCCACUUUUUUAAAGAAAGCUGUAGAAUUGAUUUAGAUAGUUUGAGGAAACCUCUUGCUUAAAUUAGGCAAGGUUUGAAAUAAUCGCACCUACUUUACUUAGAUAUUUUAAAAAUAUCCUUUUGUUGAGGACCUAUGGUUGUCUGCUUUAUUAAAUGUAGUAAAUGCAAUAUUUUAACCCUAUUCUAUUUCAUUCGAUUCUCACUCAAUCUAUAGAUUAAAUCCUGCAGUGUUAAUCAACUUUCCUAUAUGACCUAAAGUGAUAUUGGAGAGUGUCUUUAUCACGUUGGCUGUUUACAUAAGCACGUGCUUACAUGUCCCCACUCUGGUGACUGAAGUGGGGCAGCAGUACGUGUAAAAAACCCGUGAUGCCAAGCUUGGAGGAUGAAAAAAAAAAUCUCGUUGACAGUUUUCACGCUGUAAUGUUUUGCAUAGCAACAGCACCUCCCCCAUCCCGCAGCCUAGGGAGUAUCUGCAAGUUACCCACUUGCCACAAAACCGACAACACCGUCCGGUUAUGUUACAAACGAAGCUGUCAAAUAAAAUCCCGACGUACGUUUAUGAUCGUGUGAGUGGCGAUGCGUCAGCUCUGACAUCGGAGGGCACGUUCUGGGCUCAAAGACAGGGUAAAUUAAGUUUCUGUGCGAGACCGAAACGGUUAAUCUCUCUUCUCCCGGAAAGGGCGAAGUCUGCACAGCAACAAGCGCCAUGAUUGCGUUGCAGUGUGCGUCUUCCUCAGCAGCUGGACGCCAUGGAGCAGCUGGAAGAGGAACUGACGUGCCCCAUCUGCUGCUGCCUUUUUGAUGACCCGCGCGUUCUGCUGUGCUCACACAGUUUCUGCAAAAAAUGCCUGGAGGGACUCUUGGAGGGACACAGAGGUCCGAUUUUUAGGACUCCGUUCAAAUGCCCCACAUGCCGCAAAGAAUCGCCACACAACGGCGCCAACAGCCUGCAGAUCAACUACUCACUGCGCGACAUAGUGGAGAAGUACAGCAAAAUAAGGGUCCUACCCAAAAUGCCCUCUUGCGCGCAGCACUGCGGCCAGCCUCUGAAUAUGUUUUGCGCUACAGACUUAAAACUUAUCUGCGGGUUCUGCGCAACGACAGAUGAUCACAAGGGGCACAGAUUCUGUUCAUUGGAGGAUGCGUACGAGCAGGAAAAGGCAGCGUUCGAGGAGCUGCUGCGCGGUGUGGAGAGCUGGCGCAGCGCCGACAUGUUGUCCUGCCUGGAGACACUUCAGAGCAGCAGAAAGAAGGCUCUUCAGUCCGUCACCAAAGAUGCUGAGAAGGUGACCGAAUACUUUGACAAACUCAUCGGCGCUCUUGAAUCUAAAAAGAACGAGAUCCUGUCCGAUGUGGAGACGGUGAAGCUGGUGGUGAUGCAGGCGUACGACCCGGAGAUCAGUAAACUGAGCGCAGCGCUGGAGGAGCAGAGACGCGCUCUGAGCAUCGCAGACUCCUUCAGGAGCGUUUCGGACCCGUCGUGUUUCCUGCAGCAGAUGCAGGAGUUUCGGGAGAAGUUUCGCGUACUGCAGGAGACCACGUUACCCCCCAAAAAGGAGAUGGACGUCGGUCCUCUGGUGCGUAAUUUUGACGUGAAAAAGUGGGACUCCCUGAGGUUGAGGGAGGUGGACAAGAUCUCCGUGCCACACGAGAACGGCUCCUACAGAGUGGGAGAUUCACGCAGGGCAUCAGCUCCGAAGUGGAUCGUCGUCUUUAUGAUGAGUCUGCUGCUUUCAACUCUCCUGCUGCUGCUGAGAUGGCACAAUGACCUGACAGCACACAUGAAACCGCAUCUAACUACAGCCUCCGUGCACCUCAGCCACACUACCGACUACCUGCAGGGACUGACAUCCAUGUGCACGGGGUUAAUCACUGCAGAGAUGCGCCACACCACGAUGAUUGACAGAUCUGCUGCUACUGAACGUGUGGACCACGGAUCUUCUUCUCUUUCUAAAGCCUUUUCUCGACUCUUCAUCGCCUGUGGAGCCGGAGAAUCAAAAGAAAUCCUCGUCGGUUUCUUCUGGACUACUGUUGUGGCAUGAGAGAUAGAAUAAAAUCAAAGACAUUUUUUUCUCCUGUGGUACAAUCCCUUGUUAAGUUUUAUACUUUUACCACUACGAUCUUCAAUAAACACAACUGAAACACUCCAAACACCCCCACGUUCGUUUUUGUGUCCCUUUGAUGCGGCUAAAAUAGUUAAUAAGUAACAAAUCAGUGCCUAACUUCAUUAGAUGAUGAAUGUAGUGUGUAAUCCGUGCGUGGCCUUGUCUCUACACAUGGGCAUUUGUGUGCCAGAGUCGUAAUUCAAGGUUACGAACGUUGCAUAACUCUUCGGCAGCCUGCUGACACAAUGACAGGAGAAAUAAUUACGUAACAGACAAGCGCGUUAUCAACACAAGCAAUUGGCAACGUGAUUUCCAUGCGCGCGAGAGCAUUCACUGACGCUGCAUUUCGCAUUCCCUGCACGACUUCAGGAGGUAACAUCUGCAGGCUCCCAAAUUAGAAAUGCUGAGUUGGCAGAAUUUAUCUGAUGCGCAUCUUCAUUCAGAACUUGCCUGAAAGAAUUAAAUCCAAAGCAACACAAUUAGUCAAAUAAUACGUCUGAUUUGUGCGCUGUCAGUGCCACUUAUUUCUCCUUUCUCUCUCACCAACAAAGGCCUAUAUUUAGACACCACUCUGCUCUGCGCCAGUAGUUUUAAGUGCGCAGUAAAAGUCUUGAAUAGGCAUGAAAUAGGACGUAAUUGGAUUGUGAGACUCGGGAUUUUAAGAAAGGACAAAUAAAUAAUUUAUGUUUCCUGGUAAUAUUGUAAAUCCAUACUUCGUCGUUUCUAGGUGCUUAGGACUUGUGUGUGUGUGUGUGUAGAAGAUGGUUUUCCUCUCAUCCAGAGGUACGUCUGUUCAUCCAUCGAUCUUCUAGGCCCAAAUCCUGUUAAAGCACUGUACUGUGGUCCAACUCUUGACCUGCGCUGCGAGACAUCACGACUUUCUGUACACGCUUAUACACUGAAGCAGCCCAUCAGAAGAAUCCUACAGGACAGGAGUAAAGAGUAUUUUAAACAAUUCAUGCAAUGCCAUUAACACGACUAAAGGCAUUAAAACAUUUAAAGAAACAAAAGAGAACUUUACAAUGGCCUUAUUUUCCAAAUGCGUGAAUCAGUGUAAAAACGUCUCAUUCGUUUGGCAAAGUUCUCGAUCCAUUCUCCUGAGCAAAGCAAGCAUUAAUACACUAAAUCAGCAAAACCAACUUAUCAGACUAGAAAGAAGGCUGAAAGUCGAUUCAGGUCAAGAUACCCGUGCGCGCGCACGCACUCACAUACUGCUCGUGCGAGAGACCUCUGUAACCAUGCAGCAUAUAGAGGAACAUUAAAAUUAAUUCCAAAAACCCCUUUAAACUAAGACUUACAAUUAGUCUAAAAAUAACAGAAAAGCCUACCUAGAAAAAAGACCUUUCUGGAAAUUGGUUGCCGGACUGAUAACUCACAGCGAUGUUUAAGACCAAAAUGUACAUACAUUAAAAAUAUACAUUACACAAAGUAUAGCAGUGACUGAAACAAAAGUAGAAUACAAUCCUCUUAAUAUAUCAAAAUAUAUUUUUGAUGAAGUCCCGUAAUUACCCUGACGCGCAUCGUGAUUGUGGGGAUUUUACGGUAAAUUAGAGUAAAAAAUAACUAUUUAGCAAGCUUCCUGUAUUUUGCAAAAGCAUCGAGGUAUUUACCAUUCAUUAACAUACACGUGUGUGUGUGUGUGUGUGAGAGAGAAAACAAUUGCUUAUACUGCUUAUAUCCUCGGGACUAUCUGUUUUAUAUAAGUAACGGUUAAUCGCAGUAUUUAUUGAAAUAUAAUGAAAUAAAAAUGAAUAUAAGCGAUCAACAGCCGGGAAAACAAUAGCUAUAUCAAUAAUCCCAACUGCUUUAAGUAAGAUAAGUGUGUGUAUGCGUGUAUGAAAUAAAUGAUAAUUUUAAUAUAUGCGAUUAAAACCAAAGUACUGUAUAAAAAUAUAUUUUUAAAAAGGUCUGAUAAAUUUUAUAAAAUCAAUUUUGUCACCGUGCCAGAGUCAAAAUGUGUAAUUAUAUAUAUAUAUAUAUAUAUUUAAGUCAGUUAUUUUAACCAUGUUAUUUUACCGCUUCGCAGGAAACCCUUUUUCUCACCCACAACCCCCCAAAAAAUGUGAACGAUAAGUUACAUAAAUGUAGAAACACCAAUAAAGGCCCACAAGGCCAAGAUGAAAGGAAAUACAAAUACAAAAAAGUAAAACCAGGGCUAAAUAUACAGUAUAAUAUAUAUAUAAGCAGGCGAUCGUGAAUUACAAACAAAAAACGUUUAUUAUACAUACGAUAUCAAUACAUCGCGCAUUAUUUAAAAAGUGCAACGCAAACUCCUCAAACUAUUCGGGCAGUGUAUUGAACCGGGGUUAGAACCAAAUUUUAAAGAUAAAAAAAAAAGACCCACGAUCAUAUAAUUUAUUGUAAACGUUGGUAGAAAAACGUGAAUGUGUACAGACGUUCAUCUGUGAGACAAAACAACACAGCAGACAUUCGACCACGGCACCAGUGUUUUAAAAGCGAUCUUAUAAACAAGAGGCUUUAACAUUGUGACGUUCGUUAAAACCAGUGGAUUAUAGCGCGUUAAAUUCUACAGGUUCAAGUAAGGCGGACGCGUCGUUAUGGCAACGAUUAAUUUAAAUCUAGAUUUCUUCCUAUAAGUCCGGCCUGAUCCGAGCAGAAAAUGCGUUCUUAUUGUUGUCAAGAGAACUCACACACCGACCUACACGAAGUCAACAUUUUUAGGAACUCAACUCUUAACAUUUUAAGGUGUAAUUUACAGUAUAGAGGGGGCGGCGUUAAUCCACCGUAAACCAGUUCGUCACAAACACACAUCUCCGAUGAGGUCGGAAACCACGAGGCCACGCAGGCCAUAAAGUGCGUGAUUUUUCUUGCGUGAACCUUGUCAAAAUUUCCUUUGACCCGAAAAGUAAACAAAACAACAUAUAAUGCAAAAAAAAGUCCAGUCUGUCGGCCAUGUUCAAAUAAAAUCACAUUACCGGUCAACACUUUUUAUUUUUGCGAACACAUUUCAACAUAAAAAACACAAAAUGACGACUGAAAUUCAAAUCAAUUUACCUGUGAUGGUUAGACAGAGUUUGCACUGACAGCGAGUGGUGAGCUUUGCUUCAGCAGCACGAUCAAUACUGGAGACUUGGGCUAGAGUCUUAACUCCAAUAUUUACGUGCUGCUAUAGCACAGCCACCAGAUUGAUCAUAUAAACAAACAAAAAAAGUACCGUUUACAACAUAAAUUCAACUUUGACUCAAAACAAAAUAGUGUACAGAAAGUUGAUGUCUGCGUAGUAAUGGUCUGGUUUUGCUGCUGCAGCACAGUAUGGCCUGCAUCUCUGUGUAACUCACAAACCAUUCCGUGCUGCUACAGCAUCACCAGAAGUACAGCCUGUGCUGCUCCAUGUCUAAAAAAAAAAAACCAAACAAAAAAAACAAAACAUAACAAAAAAAAAACAACAACAACAAAAAAAAUAUUCUUUUCAACGUUGUGUUGUAAAUCAAUGCAUCCUUCAGCAGCAGUUGUACUGUUUUCCUUAAGGGGACAGAUGAUCUUGAACAUCGUUGGUCUGCUCUGCAACCAGUUUGUCUCUAUAAAAAAAAAGAAAAAAAAAAGAAAAAAAUCAACUUUAAUUUUCAUUGUUAAUAGUUAAUGAACUGACAUCACUACAUAUUCAAUAUUUAUUACUGUAUCUGAGACAAUUCAGCCAAAGUGUGAGAUUGGACAUGGACAUGCGAUCAGAUCAGUGUCCAUCUGUAUUCAGCUGAUAGUCUUUCACUUUCUUCUAUGACCACAAAACCAUUUCUUUAUGGAUUGUGGUGACUGCAUGGAAAAAACCGUGACACAUUAGUGGACAUUACCACAGAGCUGCACUGGAAAAGCACCGUCUACAUACAGUCACGGGCUAUGUGAAGAGGGUGUUCUCAUGACCUGCUACUGAAAAUACAAAUCAAAAUUUAACAUUUGUAUUGUAUGAGUUUGCAAAAAACAACACCCCCACUGUGAUCUGUAUGACAGACUUAGACCAAAGAUAGAAUUCCACCAUAAUAUGGCAUUAUGGUAUGUUUCAAUUGUUCUCCAAAUGAAAACGUGUUUGUGGCAGAAAGAUUGUCAAUUAAACUCUGAUGUGUUGGAGGUAAAAACUAACCUUACUAUCAACCACUAAAUACAUUUUCUGUUGAAAAAAAUAUAUAUAAAAAAAUUUGAAAAAAUAUCCAAAAAACGUUCCCCUAACACGUGAAGCUGUGUGACCCCUAAAUACUAAACAUUUACAUAACGCAACCCAAAACAAAACUACCAUGAGAAUGGGCCCUGAUUGUUUUGCCACUAGAGGUCUCAAUGGACCUGUAAUCAUGACCUUAAUCUGAAAUGGAGCAGGCAACGACAAACAUACAGCAUUAGGAUCAAGACAAUCAACCAUUAAUAAGAUUCAAUGAAGCCUAGAAGGACUGAGACAUAUCUUUUACUUUAUGUGCAUAAAGAAAUGUAACAGGUAUGAAGUUACACCCUUUUACCAUCACAUUUGUAAUUUAAGGAAGCUACAAAUUUGGAUCUUCAGCACCAACCAAAAUAUGUAUGUGUGUGUACUUUUCAGAGUUAAAAAAAACAGUAAAAAGGGUCGUAUGAAUAUAGCUCAUAUCUUGUUCCUUUCAACAUUUUUUGUCCCUUUAACACUUAAUGGUAAUUACCAAACCUUCACUUGGUUAACUAAUUUACCGUAACUACGUUAACAAUUAUAUUUAGUAUGAAAAGAAAAACCUAUGCAGGGCACGAUAUACUUAUUUGACAUUUUAUAGCUAGUCAUUUAGUGGGACUAUUAAAAAUAGGGUUUCCCCUGAAUGUUAUUACUCUAAUAUUUGUGAUAAACUGCAAUUGAGCUCACAGAUGCAGGUAAUUUAUGGUGACACAAGUGGAGAAAAGUUAAAUAAAAAUGUAUGUGCUUUAAAAUAAAUAAAUAAAUACAAACACAACUGGAGCUCAAUCGCUGCUUUAAAUCCAAACAUUGGUCAGAAUGUGGUAGGUUCUCUAGUGCAUGAUAUCUGCUCUGUCUCUUAUAACCUGGUGUAACAAAGAAUAGAGGCAGAAAGUAAAAAUACUGAUAAAACAAUGAGAAAAAAAAAUACACACACAUACACAAAAAAUAUAUAAAAAUUUAAGAACAUGGUGGCACAUUCUGGGUUAAGCCUGUUGGAAGAUUUUUGUGCAUAUGGUAUUUACAUUAAAAGAUCUAUGUUUUACAAAUUACACUUAAAUUGAGAAGAACAUUAUAAAACUAUAUUAUUAUUUUUAGAGGCUGUAUAAUAACUGUCCUGUAUUUAUGAGCCACAAAGAAAAGCAUGAAACAGAUGAACAUAGGUUUUCAAAGAUAAAAUAUUUAACCUUUCAUUUACUUGUCUUGUGUCAUUUCUGCAUUCUUCCCUGGGCCUAUUUACUCAUUUUGAGGCAUUGCCAGAUGAAUCUACCCACAACAAACAACAAACAAGUCAUUUUACUUUUCAUCAUACAUACAAAUAGAAAAACCAAACAAACAGCAACUAAGGUAAGUUGUGUAUCAUAUAUUAUUCACAUGUAAAUGCCAUUUCAAGUCCAAGUAGAAUUGUUCACAUCAAGGACGCUAACCUCUCCCUUAUUUUUCCUCACUUUCCUUUAGGGCAGCACAUGCCUGGACAUGUCACCUUCACUGCUGAGCCUUUUUAACCCCUUGCUGCAACAUUUGCUCCCUAAACAAUGGCCUCAAAGAGUCACCUGACCCCAGGGGUGAAGGGUCAAGUAACCUCCUACACCCUGAUGGGUCCAAGGACCAGGACAUGACAGGCCGUCAGUAACCAAGGAUCAAGUGGUCUGGCCUGGCCGAUUUGGCCUGUGUCCCCAGGUCUUCUGCCUGCAUGAGCACAAACUAAAGAAGAUGGCCAAUGACAACCAAGGCUGUGGAAAGGGAGUAGCUUUGAAUGGCAAUUACGUCUAUCCUCAAACACACAUCUAUGCAAAUACAAGUGCGUCACUGAGUAUAUAAUGCUCUCCAUCUUAAACUGACCAAGUAUAGAAUGGUUACUGGAAGACAAAGAACAAAGCCACAAAGACCAACAGAAAAUAUUUUGAAAGAAAAGCCCAACUAACAUCUGUUUUAAAAUCUGCAAUGUAGCAAACAUUUUCGCACACGAUUAAUUAACAGUUCAUCACUUGUCACAUUUAAGCCCAGUUAUUACUCCAGCCAAAUCAUAGUUGUGUUUGGCAAGACACAACACGCAGUAAAAAUAUACUACAUUCACAACUCAAGAGGGUGUGACAAUUUUUUUAAUCACAUACUCAACAGCAUGUGAUCUCGGCACUACUACACACUAAUACAAAACCAGUUCUUCCAUAUUAACAAAGCAGUUAUUCGCGAUUAUCUGACAGUCUGAGAAAUAAGAAAAGAAAAGAAAAGAAAAACAACAACAAAAAAAACACCCUAAUAAUUUGGAAGGGGGUUGCAAGAGUAAUAAUGAUCCUGAAGGUAGUAAAUGACCUGAUGCUUCAAUAUAUAAGGCAGUGUUGUAUUUCAACAUGCACACAUACCACUAGUGUAAUGGUUUGUGGUAAUCCCAGAAAAGCUUUUUACGUUUGCACACCCUUCCAAACAUGUCCUGCCGAGAAGGAAGACAGAGUGGGAAUCCCGAGAAGCUGUGGCCACAUUGCGUCAAACAAAUUACAGAAGAACUCCAGAGAAAUGUGGAAUAAAUGUGCCCGGGAUGGACAUGUGAAGAAAUAUACUCAGAAGACAUUAUUGGCAGAUAUGCGAGUGUGACUUCUGAGUCAUUUUCACUCUCCACAGGUACACACAAAACUCUUGACUGACUGGCGGGUGUGUUAUUGCAACUUUUUCUACUCGAUGUACACAAUAAAUUCACCAAUAAAAUAUAUCUGUAACGCUGGGGGAGAAAAAUAAAA